ACGCUCUGAGGUCACCGACGGGGCCGGGCUGCGGGGGGGCGGAGGGACGGAGGGAAGAUGGCGGCCGCGGCCGGAUAUUGGCGCCGCCUCCCCCAAUCCCGGAGCCGGCGCAGAUGAGGCGGGUCGGCUGGGGCGAGCGGCGCUUCGGAACCCGAGCUGGGGGGACGCAGGCGGCGGGGGCCCGGCCCUGCUCGAUGCCGGCGCCUCGGCUAGAGUGAGCGGCGCGGCGGCGGCGGCGGCGACGCCUCUGGGCGCCGGCUCUUUCCCUGUGGCGGCGAGUCCGGGCGGGCGGCGGGCGGCCGAGGCGGCGGGGCCGGGAUGGAGGACGUGAACUCCAACGUGAACGCGGACCAGGAGGUGCGGAAGCUGCAGGAGCUGGUGAAGAAGCUGGAGAAGCAGAACGAGCAGCUCCGGAGUCGCUCGGGGGCCGUGCAGGGCGCCGGCUCCCUCGGGCCCUCCGGGAGCCCGGUCCGAGCCGGCGCGUCCACUCCCUCCUCCGGCGCGGCGUCCCCGCGGGGCUUCCCCUUGGGCCUCCACGUCAAGUCGGGCGGCGGGGCCGGGUCGGGCCCGAGGCGGACGAGCGGCGAGGACCUGCGGGACGCCGCCUGCCUGCUGGCGGCGGGCGAGGGCGGCUUGCUGGACGAGGUGGAGCCGCUGCGGCCCGAGGAGCUGGAGCGCCUGUCAGGCUGGGAGGAGGAGGAGGAGAGCUGGCUGUAUUCAUCACCAAAGAAAAAACUUACACCAAUGCAGAAAUCGGUUAGCCCAUUAGUUUGGUGCAGGCAAGUUUUGGAUUACCCAAGUCCUGAUGUUGAAUGUGCUAAAAAAUCUCUUAUCCACAAACUUGAUCAAACUAUGUCAGCUCUCAAGAGGCAGAAUUUAUAUAAUAAUCCUUUCAACUCCGUGAGUUAUACAAGCCCUUAUAGUCCAAAUGCAAGUAGCCCAUACAGCAGUGGUUUCAAUUCUCCAUCCUCAACCCCAGUGCGACCUCCUAUAGUCAAACAGCUAAUACUUCCUGGAAAUUCAGGUAAUUUGAAAAGUUCAUCAGACAGAAAUCCUCCACUCAGUCCUCAAUCCUCUAUAGACAGUGAGUUAAGUGCUUCAGAAUUAGAUGAAGAUUCCAUUGGAUCUAAUUAUAAGCUAAAUGAUGUAACCGAUGUGCAGAUUCUAGCUCGGAUGCAGGAAGAAAGUCUCCGGCAAGAAUAUGCAGCCACCACAUCUCGGCGCAGUUCUGGUUCAUCUUGCAAUUCUACAAGACGGGGUACUUUUAGUGAUCAGGAACUUGAUGCACAGAGUUUAGAUGAUGAAGAUGACAGUAUGCAUCAUGCAGUAUACCCUGCUGUUAACAGGUUUUCACCAUCACCACGCAAUUCACCUCGACCAUCACCUAAGCAGUCACCCAGAAAUUCACCUCGUUCACGAUCUCCUGCUCGGGGAAUAGAAUAUAGUAGAGUGUCCCCACAGCCUAUGAUUAGCCGCUUACAACAACCUCGCCUUUCACUUCAAGGCCAUCCCACAGAUUUACAGACAAGUAAUGUGAAAAAUGAAGAAAAACUAAGACGCAGUCUUCCAAACCUGUCCCGAACAUCUAAUACGCAAGUUGACUCAGUGAAAAGCAGCAGAAGUGACUCAAAUUUUCAAGUGCCAAAUGGAGGAAUACCUCGCAUGCAACCUCAGGCUUCAGCCACUUCGCAAAGGCUGAAAAAUUUGCCUCGUACUUCUCUCAAAACCAAACAGUUGCUUCAAACUUCAUCUACAAAAAGAGUACCUUCUCCAGGCAAAUUCCGCUCCCCUGCAGCGCCGUCUCCUUUGGCUCUUCGGCAGCCAGUAAAAGCGUUCAGUAACCAUGGCUCUGGUUCUCCUGGUGGCCAAGAAACAACACAACUCGCACAAACCACCUCCUCACCUGGGCCUCCCAUGGUUCAGAACACAGUCCCAGCAAAUGCUCCCAGCAAUAUCAACAGCACUACUCUAACCAGACCGACAGGGACAACCGCGAUGAGAAGUGGCUUGCCCAGACCCAGUGCCCCUUCUGCUGGGGGUAUUCCAGUGCCUCGCAGCAAACUUGCACAGCCUGUCCGCAGAUCCUUGCCAGCUCCUAAAACCUAUGGCAGCAUGAAAGAUGACAGUUGGAAAGAUGGCUGUUAUUGACCAGCAAAGAGAAGAAUACAGAAGUCCACAGCUUCACAGACACCCCUUCACCAGGCUAAAUGACAACUUUUAUAUGCAGACUGUUCAUAUGAGACUCUUGGGAUUUGUCAAGUCCCAGCCCUCUCUGUCUUAAUUAGCACAAACUGACAGAGAUGACCAAGCAGCACUUUAAUGACAUUUAACAUCAGAUGUGUUUGGUAAUCAUACAAUCACUCUCCAUGGAAUCACUUUUAGUUUUGUUUAACAGAAACUAAGUUGAUUUUUUACUAUUUGACAGAGGCCAAUAUCUGGGCAAAAAAACUAAUGGAUGCCAAAGAGAAACUGCCCUUUUGUAAACGAGAGAGUACCUUUGUGCACAAGAAAAUGGUGAAUUCAAGCUAUCCAAAACUUCACGUUCAACAUAAUUUACUGUAUAAAUGGUAUUAAUAAAUAUUUGUGUUAAUGAGAACUAAUAUUCUGAUUAAUUACCUGAAAUGUUUCACUAGUGUUUCACUGGUACUCCAAGGAACUAGAUUGAGAUGGAGGAGGAUGGCAGCUAGAGAUUUAAAAUGUGAUACCUAAAUUUGGGAGAAUUCUAUAAAUUAAUUUUGCAGAUUCAUUAGAAAUAAAAAUGUCAUUUGUUUAAUGUCAAGUUUUGGAUGUAGCUCACAUGUCACCGCCAUCAAGUAGUGUUACAGCGUGCAUCCAUCACGUCGCAUCGACACAUCGGGCUUCUGUGUUGUUUUGAUUGCCAAAAGGGCUUAAUGUCAGUUGUACAAUCUUUCUACACUUUAUAGCUCCUGGCUCAGGAAAGAUAGCCUUUGCUAUUGAAGCCAACUUCUUCACAUGCUGUUAUCUGUUACAGAACUGAGAGACCUUGUUUUUAUUAGCAGGUUUCCAUGAUGGGAAAGAGCAAGUAGUGUGUGUCUUUAUUCUUUACAUAAACAACACCACCUCGGUGCUUACAACCUGGAACAAAACCAUACAGUGAGAGAGGGGGGAAAUCUAUGCACUUAACUUAUAAAAUCUCUGGUAAUGACAGUGUAUUGUUGCUAUUAAUGACACAACGGUCUGUUAUGUGGUAGGAGACUAGCCUGCAGAAUCCUACCUAAGUGGAUCCACUUUAAACUGAGUAACUGUAUAAAACGUCCUUCGAAAAUACUGUCCCUUUUGACUUUGAUUCUGCCUUACAUCUAUUUUUGCAUUUUUGGUAACAAAUGAAAUCCAGUACAUGUGACUCUAACCCUUAAAUACUUGCUCUCUAAUGGCCCGUAUGUAUAACCUGGGAAUCAUUUAUUUCAGGUGUGUUUUGGGUUUUUUUUUAGUCUUUUACUAAAAAAAAAAUUCCUUCUACACCAUGCUUCUCAUUUUUAUGGUGAGAGGUCUGUUUUUAAAUAUUUGUUUGAACCAGCUCUAAAAUAUUGGUACUGGAGUCACCUAAAGGAUUUUAGGGAUUUGAACGUAAGUUUAUUUCCUGUUAGUCAAAGACAUUCUGUAAGUUGGCAAAAGAAAUUGAGAAAUGGGAAGCUUGAUGUUCAGAACAGCACUGGGGUUGACAUGUCGAGAGACCCCUUUGUGCCGUGAGUGACACCACGGCUUGACCGUGAUGUUAGCUUGACCAUAGGGAGUCAUUCCCGUUAGUAUAAGCAGCUGGAGAUUUGACCUGACAGUGCUAUGUAUUUCGGUGUAGAACGCAAGGAAUUUUAUCCUUGAAUUUGAGGGUGAUGGGGGUGGGUCAGGAAAAGAUGGCACCAGAAUCCACAUGAUGAUGAACUAAAAAAUGUUGCUUUUUAGAGAAGAUAAAGAAAACAUCUGCUUUGGGUGUGUAUGGGGUAUCCCACAUAAAAAUCUUAAGUGAAAGAAAGAACUAGCCACUGUCUCUUUUUAAAAUCACAUAUACGCGAAAUGAAAUAGGUCUCAGUUUUCAGUGCAACAUUGCAAAAAGUAUAUAUAUAUAUGCUGCAAUCUAAUAAUUAAGAGGGAUUUUAACUAUUAUGAAACACCAUGACAUUUUUAAGUUAGAUUAUCGGUUUCAAGAGGAGUAUUCAGGUUAUUUAACUUUGUUUUUUAAAGGCUGCAUCAGAAAAAAAAAAAUGUCUAUUUUUUUUAAUUCAAAUAUUUCAUCACAUGUUAAAAAUGUAUUUGGAUCUGAGUUGGGUAAAGUAUAAUUUUCCCUGCUGUUGUACUGCCACAGACCAUUGGCUUUUGGUCUCCUAAAGAGAAAAAUUGCCUUUUUACUAGAAAGCCUUUGUGUAUUGCCAAUUUUUCUAUUUGGGAAAAUCCAAGAAUUACUGUGGUUAGUCUUACAGGAGAAAUGUGGAUUUGAUAAACUAGUGCCUAUGAUUUUAACUUAUGUUUGAUAUAUAGUAGUAAGGGUUUUAUGAAUGUUAAAUAUUUUUUUGUGCCAACAGCCCAGAUUUGUCCUUAUAUGUAAGCAGAAAGCUAUGAGCUCUGCUUCCGAAGUUAUUUAAUUUUCUCAGUGUUUGAAUGUUAUUUUUUUGUGUGUUAAUAAAAGUGUAAAGAAUUGGAAAAAUAUAAAUAUUCUUAACUCAAGUAUUUGCUGGAUCAUUUUUCUACAAAACUUGUUUGUAAUAAGAAACACUCUGAAGAGUUGACUUUUUUCAGUUUUCAUACCUGGAAAUCACAUUUUGUAAAACUGGGGACCAUUCAUAAUUGUCAGAUACUUUUUAAAAUUGUUAUCUCAAUACAUCACUUUUAUAAAAAAGUUUUUUUGGAAGGAAAUUAGAUACAUGUGUCCCCAGAUGUUUGUAUAACUCUAGAAUUAUCUAGACUGUGUAUGUUUUUAUUGAAUGUACAGGCAUCAAUUUUUGACAUUACGCAUGGUCCUUUGAGAUCACAUGAACUUUGAUUUGCAAACAUUUCUAUAGCCGAACUUGUAUGUGUGGUUGCCUCCUUAAUAAACAGCCUGACCAUAAUGUUUAUUAUUAAAUUUAUAUUUGUUUUUCAA